AUGAACUAAUCAAGUUGGUUUUCAAUUGAAGAUUUAGAAUUGGAGCAUUAAACAUCUUAAGUUAAUCCUCCAAUUAUUAAGGAGAGAAAAUUACCUGAAAAAUUAAAUAUGGAUUCUAUACUAUCUUAAUAUAAAUAAAUAGAAAUAAAUUCAAAUCUAAUCAAAUAUAUUGUUUCAGAGAGUUAAACAACUGAAAAUAAUAAACAAAUAAAUGUUAAAUCAAAAAUUAAACUUAAAUGUGAAGAAAGAGAUUUAGAAGGAAAUCUUGCCAAUAAGGGUACUAAUAAUAUUUAAGCCACUAAAAUAUCAAUGGCCUCUAGUAUUCCAUAUAUUCAAGGAUUAAGAUCUGCUUUUCUUACAAUGAAAGAAGGUGAUGUUGCUUGGUUUAAAUUAUCUAAUGAAUAAAUGUACACAGAAUAAGAAAUUGCAAGUGGAAUCUCAGUACAAAAUUUAUAAAAAUAUUUCAAAAUUGAUAUAUUAGAAGUUACUUAACCUGAACUUCCUAUUGAUAUAACAAGUUUAGAGAAGUAAUAUAUAUUAAUAUAUUUAAAGUCGUUUAAAAUAAUUGGAACUAUUUAAAAUUGAAGGAAAUUAAUUUUAUUAGAAAUAAUAAUAUCAAAGUGCAUUAUUGAGAUAUUAAAGAGGAUUAAACUUUUUAGAAAAAUGGCCUAAAAAAUUUGAAGACAAUCCUGUAGCUAUUGAAGCUAAAAGAAAUUCUUUAUUAGUUUUAUCAAGUAAUAAGGCUUAAUGUUUAAUAAAGUUAUAAGAUUUUAAAUAAGCCAUUUCAGUUCUUGAACCUUUGAUUGGAUAAAUGAGAAAUAAAGUAAUAUAUUUAAAAUUAAUUAAGGAAUAUGAAGUCAAGAAUUAUUAUAGAUUAAUCACAUGUUUAAAGGAGAUUGAUGAAUAAGUGAAAGCAGACUUUUAUUUUGGAUAGGUAUCUCAUAUGUGUUAGUUAUCAGAAGAUUAAAAAAGGUUAUUUAAAUCUAUCAAAUAAAAGAAAUGA